AUGCGGGGCCGGACCGUGGACCCUCGGACCAUUUACCCAGUGUUGCCGAAACUCCUUGCCCUCCUGCCCGUGUCCUGUCAGAAGCGACUUCCCUGCAGAGCCUGCAGCCAGGACGUCUCCUCGGAAGCCACUAUGUUUCCAGAGAAGAUGAGCAAUGGGAUGCUGAGGGGCAGCAGAGACCAGGAGGCCAUGGCCGUGCCUGAGGAAGGCCCCGCCCAGCCGGGGAUCAGCCCCACCUUCAUCCUCCAGGAGACCUCACUGUGA